CCUAUUCGUUACCGAUAAUCUCUUAUUUCCCAAUUACCAGGCGAUAAUCAACACUUCACCCAGUCUCGACCUACCCAUUCUCGCCGGAUUCUAACUGUUCCGAUGCAAGGUAGGUAGUGUUUGUGUGUACUAUGUAGGUAGAGUGGUAGGUUAAUAACCGAGAUUCCUCUAUGGUACUCCAAUGACUCGAUCGUCGUUUAUAAACUCUCGGAUGUAUAAUCUCUCUUGUAAGGGCUACUUUCUCUUAGUUUCUUGCUCCUUCGGCACUUGUCAAUCUAGGCGCUCCCCCGGAUGACAUGGCUUUGUUCCUCGAAGAUGCACUGACCCGUCCGGCCUUGUUGGCGCCGGUCGUAUUUCUUAUUGGCUAUGUUCUAUAUCAGCUUUUUCGGCCCUCCGGACUCCCCAAUGUCCCUAUUGUCGGCGCAAGACCUGGGGAGUGGUUCCCGCUCAUACGGGCCAAGUGGCGUAAUACCAAGGACAUGAAGACCGCUACUGAAGUCGCCUACGAUCUGUACCGGGACCAAACUGUCAUAUUUCCUAUCGCCGGCGCACAGAACUUCGUACAACUGCCGGCCAGCCAGCUCCAAUGGCUUGUCGAUCAGCCCGACACCGAACUUAAUCUACAUGAGCAAGUUCUCGACUCGCUACAGCUCGAUUUGACUGUCAUGGACCCGCGUCUUAUCCACAACCCCAUCCACCAAAAGUUGAUAUCCACCAUCUUAACCCGCGAGACUGGUAACUUGGUUCCGACGUUGCUGGAUGAGACCCAGUUCAGCGUUGAUCACUUUUGGGGCAGCGAUACCGAGAACUGGAGCGAGCUUUGCGUCUAUGAUGUUAUGCGGCGCAUCAUCGGACAGGUUACGAACCGUGUCUUUGUGGGCUUGCCGUUAUGUCGUAACCAAGAUCUUUUGGAUGCCGGGCUCGCGUACGCACAAGAUGUGCCGAUGAGCUCGACUGCGCUGCGAUUCACGUGGAAGCCACUGCGCCCACUCGCGGCCCUGUUCAUGACUCUACCAAACCGCCUCCACACAAACAAGUUCUACUCCAUCCUCAGACCGGAGGUUGAACGACGGCUGCGCGAUUAUGACGCGCGGCGAUCCGAUCCGGAGACCAAGGCCGCUGACAAGGAACCUAACGAUUUCCUGCAAUGGUCUGUCAACCAGGCCAAGACGUCCGGUGAUCCGUAUAUGGCGAAGGUGGACACACUAUCGGGUCGCAUCCUUUUACUCAAUUUUGCGUCCACUCAUACAUCGAGUUUUGCCAUCACUCACGCCCUCCUGGACCUCGCUGCCUCCAAGGCAGAGUACUUCGACGAACUCCGCACCGAGAUCACGACCGUGCUUGCGGAAUACGGCGGCGAGUGGAACAAGCGCGCUCUAGCGGCCAUGCCGAAGCUAGAUAGCGUGCUACGAGAGUCCCAGCGCCUUAACUCGUUUGUGUCACUAGCCACGAACCGCGUCGUCGUCCGAAAGGGCGGCAUCGACACCCCUGACGGCGUGCACAUCCCCUACGGCACAGUCGUGUGCGCGCCCUCAUACCCUGUCUUCCACGACCCGGCCGUGUACCCGGAACCCCGGGAGUUCAAGCCGUUCCGGUUCGCGGACAAACGCGCGGUUGACCAAGGCACGGACAAAAGCGAGAAGGAACCGUCGUCGUACGUCCAGAGGGCAAGACUCGCCUUCGCCACCACGAGCCCGGAGUACUGCGCCUUCGGCCACGGUCGCCACGCCUGCCCCGGCAGGUUCUUCGCCGCUAGCGAGUUGAAGUUGCUGCUCGCGUAUUUGAUUCUCAAUUACGACUUCCAGAUCCAGCGUGAGCGACCCGAGAACUUCUGGUUCGGUAUGAAUAGGAUUCCGCCGAUGAAGGCGACUAUUAGGGUUAGGAGGAGGAGGGGGUCUGUAUUAUAGGUGUAGGAUGGUAUGGUUCAUGACUGGCGAUGAGUGUGUAGGUAGGUAUGUUUGUGAGAUACGUGCUGAGUAGGAUUUACCCCCGUAUAUAGGUUUGUGUAGCGCGGUAAUGAUGUACGAAUUUUUGCCUAUGGGUUUGGUGUUGAUAUUUGCGUUUUGUGAUGGCUUUUAUGUGUCUACGGUACUGCGAUAGGGGGUUUGAUGUUAGUGUUCGAUGUUAUACCGCAGAUGAGAAAGAACGGUGCAGAGUAGUGGGAGGUUCUAUAAUGACUCUUUAUCUUCAUACUUGGAGGAAGCAAUGGAGGUGAUGGCCUACAUUGACUCCAUAGUAGCCGUUCAACAUAUGGUGGUUUCUUCAACUUGUUGCGAGGCCUAUAUCUUUACGGGGUGGUAUAUUCUAUGCUCAGACGCUAGAUUGUUCAAAAAUAAAGGUUGCUUUAACUCCAGUCGACCGGUCAAACACUUUUUCUGAUAGUCUAAAAUCGUCGUCUUAAGAUCAUCUAGC